AUGUUUAACCUGAUGAAGAAAGACAAGGACAAAGAUGGCGGGCGGAAGGAGAAGAAGGAGAAAAAGGAGAAAAAGGAGCGGAUGUCAGCGGCGGAGCUCCGGAGCCUGGAAGAGAUGAGCCUGCGACGCGGCUUCUUCAACCUGAACCGCUCCUCCAAACGUGAAUCCAAGACGCGCCUGGAAAUCUCCAACCCCAUCCCCAUCAAGGUGGCCAGCGGCUCUGACCUGCACCUGACUGACAUUGACUCUGACAGCAACCGGGGCAGCAUCAUCCUGGACUCAGGCCACCUAAGCACUGCCAGCUCCAGCGAUGACCUCAAGGGUGAGGAAGGCAGCUUCCGUGGCUCCGUUCUGCAGCGGGCAGCCAAGUUUGGCUCUCUGGCCAAGCAGAACUCACAGAUGAUUGUCAAACGCUUCUCCUUCUCCCAGCGUAGUCGGGAUGAAAGUGCAUCAGAAACCUCAACCCCCUCAGAGCACUCUGCUGCCCCAUCGCCGCAGGUGGAGGUGAGGACUCUGGAGGGACAGCUGAUGCAGCAUGCUGGCCAGGGCAUCCCUCGGCCAGGGCCCCGAUCCCGAGUUCCUGAGCUGGUAACUAAAAGGUUCCCAGCUGACCUGCGCCUGCCCCCCGUGGUGCCCCCCCCACCCCCUGCCCUCCGAGAGCUGGAGCUACAACGACGGCCCACUGGAGACUUUGGCUUCUCCCUGAGGCGCACAACCAUGCUGGAUCGGGGACCCGAGGGCCAGGCCUAUCGGCGGGUGGUUCACUUUGCUGAGCCCGGUGCAGGCACCAAGGACCUGGCCCUGGGGCUGGUGCCGGGAGAUCGACUGGUGGAGAUUAAUGGGCACAAUGUGGAAAGCAAGUCCCGGGAUGAGAUUGUGGAGAUGAUCCGGCAGUCUGGGGACAGUGUACGACUCAAGGUGCAACCCAUCCCAGAGCUCAGUGAGCUGAGCCGGAGCUGGCUACGGAGCGGUGAGGGACCCUGCAGGGAGCCAGCUGAUGCAAAGACAGAAGAGCAGAUUGCUGCUGAGGAGGCCUGGUAUGAGACAGAGAAGGUGUGGCUGGUCCAUAAGGAUGGCUUCUCCCUGGCCAGUCAGCUCAAAUCAGAGGAGCUGAGCUUGCCUGAGGGGAAGGUGCGUGUGAAACUAGACCACGAUGGAGCCAUUCUGGAUGUGGAUGAGGACGACGUAGAGAAGGCGAAUGCUCCUUCCUGUGACCGUCUAGAAGAUCUGGCCUCGUUGGUAUACCUCAAUGAGUCGAGCAUCCUGCACACACUGCGCCAGCGCUAUGGAGCUAGUCUGCUGCACACAUAUGCUGGCCCCAGCCUGCUUGUCCUCAGCCCCCGUGGGGCCCCCGCUGUGUACUCUGAGAAGGUGAUGCACAUGUUCAAAGGGUGUCGGCGGGAAGACAUGGCACCCCACAUUUACGCCAUCGCCCAGACUGCAUACAGGGCGAUGCUAAUGAGCCGUCAGGACCAGUCCAUCAUCCUCCUUGGCAGUAGUGGCAGUGGCAAGACCACCAGUUGCCAGCAUCUGGUACAAUACCUGGCCACCAUCGCAGGCACCAGCGGGAACAAGGUGUUUUCUGUGGAGAAGUGGCAGGCUCUGUACAACCUCCUGGAAGCCUUUGGGAACAGCCCCACCAUUAUGAAUGGCAAUGCUACUCGCUUCUCCCAGAUCCUCUCCCUGGACUUUGACCAAGCUGGCCAGGUGGCCUCAGCCUCCAUUCAGACGAUGCUGCUAGAGAAGCUGCGUGUGGCUCGACGCCCAGCCAGUGAGGCCACGUUCAAUGUCUUCUACUACCUGCUGGCCUGUGGGGAUGGCACCCUCAGGACAGAGCUCCACUUGAACCAUAUGGCAGAUAAUAAUGUGUUUGGGAUUGUGCCACUGGCCAAGCCUGAGGAGAAGCAGAAAGCGGCUCAGCAGUUCAGUAAGCUCCAGACAGCCAUGAAGGUGCUGGGCAUCUCCCCGGAUGAACAGAAGGCCUGCUGGCUCAUCUUGGCUGCCAUCUACCACCUGGGGGCUGCAGGAGCCACCAAAGAGGCCCCCGAGGAGCAAGCGGCUGGGCGCAAGCAGUUUGCCCGCCAUGAGUGGGCCCAGAAGGCUGCGUACCUGCUGGGCUGCAGCCUGGAGGAGCUGUCCUCAGCCAUCUUCAAGCACCAGCACAAGGGUGGCACCCUGCAGCGCUCUACCUCCUUCCGCCAGGGCCCUGAGGAGCACAGCCUGGGAGAUGGCACAGGCCCCAAGCUGAGUGCGCUGGAGUGCUUAGAGGGCAUGGCAUCUGGUCUCUACAGCGAGCUUUUCACCCUUCUCGUCUCUUUGGUGAACAGGGCUCUCAAGUCCAGCCAGCACUCGCUCUGCUCCAUGAUGAUUGUGGACACUCCGGGAUUCCAGAACCCUGAGCAGGGUGGGUCAGCCCGCGGAGCCUCCUUUGAGGAGCUGUGCCACAACUAUGCCCAGGAUCGGCUGCAGAGGCUCUUCCACGAACGCACGUUUGUGCAGGAGUUGGAAAGAUACAAGGAGGAGAACAUCGAGCUGGGCUUUGAUGAUGUGGAGCCGACCACAGAUGACUCCGUGGCUGCUGUGGACCAGACCUCCCAUCAGUCCCUGGUCCGCUCACUGGCCCGCACGGACGAGGCAAGGGGCCUUCUGUGGCUACUGGAAGAGGAGGCGCUGGUGCCAGGGGCCACUGAGGACGCCCUCCUAGAGCGCCUUUUCUCCUAUUAUGGCCCCCAGGAAGGUGACAAAAAAGGUCAAAGUCCCCUUCUGCGCAGCAGCAAACCACACCAUUUUCUCCUGGGCCACAGCCAUGGCACUAACUGGGUGGAGUACAAUGUGGCUGGCUGGCUGAACUACACCAAGCAGAACCCAGCCACCCAGAAUGCAUCCCGGCUCCUGCAGGACUCCCAGAAAAAAAUCAUCAGCAACCUGUUUCUGGGCCGAGCAGGCAGUGCCACGGUGCUCUCGGGCUCCAUUGCGGGCCUGGAGGGCAGCUCACAGCUGGCGCUGCGCCGGGCCACCAGCAUGCGGAAGACCUUUACCACAGGCAUGGCAGCUGUCAAGAAGAAGUCGCUGUGCAUCCAGAUUAAGCUGCAGGUGGAUGCUCUUAUCGACACCAUCAAGAAGUCGAAGCUGCAUUUCGUGCACUGCUUCCUGCCUGUGGCCGAGGGCUGGGCCGGGGAGCCCCGGUCCUCCUCCUCCCGCCGAGUCAGCAGCAGCAGUGAGCUGGACCUGCCCUCAGGAGACCAUUGCGAGCCUGGGUUGCUGCAGCUCGAUGUGCCCCUGCUCCGCGCUCAGCUCCGGGGCUCUCGCCUGCUCGAUGCCAUGCGCUUGUACCGCCAAGGUUACCCUGACCACAUGGUGUUUUCCGAGUUCCGCCGCCGCUUCGAAGUCCUGGCCCCGCAUCUGACCAAGAAACAUGGACGCAACUACAUUGUGGUGGAUGAAAAGCGGGCAGUGGAGGAGCUGCUGGAGUCCUUGGACCUGGAGAAGAGCAGCUGCUGCAUGGGCCUGAGCCGGUUGUUCUUCCGGGUGGGCACAUUGGCACGGCUGGAGGAGCAGCGAGACGAGCAAACCAGCAGGAACCUAACCCUGUUCCAGGCAGCCUGCAGAGGCUACCUCGCCCGCCAGCACUUCAAGAAGAGAAAGAUCCAGGACCUGGCCAUUCGCUGCGUGCAGAAGAACAUCAAGAAGAACAAAGGGGUGAAGGACUGGCUCUGGUGGAAGCUCUUCACCACCGUGAGGCCCCUCAUCCAAGUACAGCUGUCAGAGGAGCAGAUCCGGAACAGAGACGAAGAGAUCCAGCAGCUGCGGAGCAAGCUCGAGAAGGUGGAGAAGGAGCGCAACGAGCUGCGGUUCAACAGUGACCGGCUGGAGACCCGGAUCUCCGAGUUGACAUCGGAGCUGACGGAUGAACGUAACACGGGAGAGUCCGCCUCCCAGCUGCUGGAUGCGGAGACAGCGGAGAGGCUCCGAGCUGAAAAGGAGAUGAAGGAGCUGCAGACCCAGUACGAUGCACUGAAGAAGCAAAUGGAGGUGAUGGAAAUGGAGGUGAUGGAGGCCCGUCUUAUCCGGGCAGCUGAGAUCAAUGGGGACAUGGAUGAUGAUGAUGCAGGAGGAGAGUGGCGGCUGAAGUAUGAGCGCGCUAUGCGGGAGGUGGACUUUACCAAGAAGCGCCUCCAGCAGGAGUUUGAGGACAAGCUGGAGGUGGAGCAGCAGAACAAGAGGCAGCUGGAGAGGCGGCUUGGGGACCUGCAGGCAGAUAGUGAUGAGAGCCAGCGGGCUCUGCAGCAGCUCAAGAAGAAGUGCCAGCGGCUGACGGCUGAGCUGCAGGACACCAAACUGCACCUGGAGGGCCAGCAGGUCCGCAACCAUGAGCUGGAGAAGAAGCAGAGGAGGUUUGACAGUGAGCUCUCGCAGGCACACGAAGAGGCCCAGCGGGAGAAGCUGCAGCGGGAGAAGCUGCAGCGUGAGAAGGACAUGCUCCUGGCGGAGGCUUUCAGCCUGAAGCAGCAACUGCAGGAAAAAGACAUGGACAUUGCAGGGUUCACCCAGAAGGUCGUCUCACUGGAGGCUGAGCUCCAGGACAUUUCUUCCCAAGAGUCCAAGGACGAGGCCUCUCUGGCCAAGGUCAAGAAACAGCUCCGAGACUUGGAGGCCAAGGUCAAGGAUCAGGAGGAGGAGCUGGACGAGCAAGCGGGGACCAUCCAGAUGCUGGAGCAGGCCAAGCUGCGUCUAGAGAUGGAGAUGGAGCGGAUGAGACAGACCCAUUCCAAGGAGAUGGAGAGUCGGGAUGAGGAGGUGGAGGAGGCCCGGCAGUCAUGUCAGAAGAAGUUAAAGCAGAUGGAAGUGCAGCUCGAGGAAGAGUAUGAGGACAAGCAGAAGGUGCUGCGAGAGAAGCGGGAGCUGGAGAGCAAGCUCACCACUCUCAGUGACCAGGUGAACCAGCGGGACUUUGAGUCAGAGAAGCGGCUGCGGAAAGACCUGAAGCGCACCAAGGCCCUGCUGGCAGACGCCCAGGUCAUGCUGGACCACCUGAAGAACAACGCGCCCAGCAAGAGGGAGAUCGCCCAGCUGAAGAACCAGCUGGAGGAGUCAGAGUUCACCUGUGCAGCAGCCGUCAAAGCACGGAAAGCAAUGGAAGUAGAGAUCGAAGACCUGCACUUGCAGAUUGAUGACAUCGCCAAAGCCAAGGCAGCGCUGGAGGAGCAGCUGAGCCGCCUUCAGCGUGAGAAGAAUGAGAUCCAGAACCGGCUAGAGGAGGAUCAGGAGGAUUUGAAUGAGCUGAUGAAGAAGCACAAGGCAGCUGUGGCUCAGGCUUCCCGGGAUCUGGCUCAGAUGAAUGAUUUCCAAGCUCAGCUAGAAGAAGCCAACAAGGAGAAACAAGAGCUGCAGGAGAAGCUACAAGCCCUCCAGAGCCAGGUGGAGUUCCUGGAGCAGUCCAUGGUGGACAAGUCCCUGGUGAGCAGGCAGGAAGCCAAGAUCCGGGAGCUGGAGACACGCCUGGAGUUCGAAAGGACCCAAGUGAAGCGGCUAGAGAGCCUGGCCAGCCGGCUCAAGGAAAACAUGGAGAAGCUGACUGAGGAGCGGGAUCAGCGCAUUGCAGCUGAGAACCGGGAAAAGGAGCAGAACAAGAGGCUACAGCGGCAGCUGCGGGACACCAAGGAGGAGAUGGGGGAGCUUGCCAGGAAGGAGGCUGAGGCGAGCCGCAAGAAGCACGAACUGGAGAUGGAUCUGGAAAGUCUGGAGGCUGCUAACCAGAGCCUGCAGGCCGACCUAAAACUGGCAUUCAAGCGCAUCGGGGACCUGCAGGCUGCCAUCGAGGAUGAGAUGGAGAGUGACGAGAAUGAGGACCUCAUCAACAGUUUGCAGGACAUGGUGACAAAGUAUCAGAAAAGAAAGAAUAAACUCGAGGGGGACUCAGAUGUGGACCUGGAGCUAGAGGAUCGUGUCGACGGGGUCAAGUCCUGGUUGUCGAAAAACAAGGGCCCUUCCAAGGCAGCUUCUGAUGAUGGCAGCUUGAAGAGUUCCAGCCCCACCAGCUACUGGAAGUCCCUUGCCCCUGACCGGUCAGAUGAUGAGCAUGACCCCCUCGACAGCACCUCCAGACCCCGAUACUCCCACAGCUAUCUGAGUGACAGUGACACAGAGGCCAAGCUGAUGGAGACCAACGCAUAGACCAGGGGAGUGGUCCACAGCCCUCCCGCCCCACAGCCUACGGCUGCCCCAGUGCCUCCCCCAGGAAAUGGCGGGGCCUGGGUCUCCCCUACCUGACUGCUGAUCUGCGUGGGAAACACCCAACCCUCUUCUGUUAGAGGGACUUUCCAGGCUGUGGGUGUCUGACAUCUCCCCAUGGAAGAGGUGGGGCAAAGAGGAGUUUCUGAAAAGAACUUUUUUGCUCCUCCCUGCCUCAAAAAUGCCACACUCUUGGCUUCUACCGUGGGCCACCAUGGGCAGUGGCAGGUGGCCUGGCACUGCAUGGAGCCAGCAAGGUGACCUCCAUCUCAGCCCACUGCUCUGGGAUGGUGGACAGAUUGCCUAUUGGGAUAUUUGAGGUUUCUGGGUCCAUGGGGAGGAUUUGGGGGAGGAACAGUAAUUCCUUCCCACUGGUUUGGGGUGAGGGCUUUCUCUUCUCAGUGCCUGCUGUCUUUUUACUUUUUAAUUUAAAUACCCAACCUCUCCAUUACAGCUACAUCCCUGAGAGUGGGAGGGGGCUGCGGUGAUGGCUGGGGCCCCCCGGGAAUGACUCGGGAAUUUCAUCUCCCUCCUCUUCAGAGACCAGCCCUUUCUCUGUGCAGCUGGGGAGACUGGUGAGCAGAACUGGGCCAGGUUCUUAAGAGUCAGCACGGGGAGGGCUGUCAGGUGCUUCUGGUCUGGGCUGAGCAAGCCCUCACAGCCAGGGGUGCACACGUACCAUCCGCAGUGUCCAGCACCCCCACCCGCUUCGUCUCAUCGGUGUGUUAAGUGCAAUGACCUAUUUAAGAGUAAACCCAUUCCACCUAUGCCAAUGUGGGGCUUAUCCAAGCACUGCCUUCCUCCCGCUCUGUCCGAGUUGCCUGGAUCAUAAGCUCAACUUGGGAGGGAAGGCCUUGGGUUGUGGGCUUGUGAUUAGAAAAACCGAAAGUGGAAGUUUUGGUCAGUGCUGAUGUGUAUUAGACACGAGUCCUUGCCUGUGUCACUUUUCUUCCAAUCUCCCUGCCCCACACACUUAUCCCAGACCCAACGUCAUGUGGUCUGAAGGUCCCAGCCCCCACCCCAGAAGGUCAUCCUUCCAGUUCUACCCGACUUGGGGGCCCAGAGGCGGUGCCUGGUGCUGCUCCCAUCUGCUGCCCCCCCUUCUCCCCUGCAAUUGGUUUGUACUCACUGGGCUGUGCUCUCUCUUCCCUGUUUACCUGAUGUAUGGAAAUAAAGGCCCUUUUCCUCCUGGCA